AUUAUUUAUUGUGACACUCCAUUUUCUUUUCAAAUCAGUUUGGUUGGACUCUCGGACAGGUGAGACUGUAGAAAGACUAAUUAGCAAAACACCAGGACAGAAUAAGGACUAUCUACAAGCAAUGUGUGGUCUACCAUUGAGUACAUAUUUUAGUGCUGUUAAGUUACGAUGGUUGAUUGACAACGUAGAGGCUGUCCAACAAGCGGUGCAUGAUAAUCGAUGCAUGUUUGGAACUGUAGAUUCCUGGCUCUUAUGGAACAUGACAGGUGGUUUAAAUGGAGGACUGCAUAUCACAGAUGUCACUAAUGCAAGUAGAACUAUGUUAAUGAAUAUAAAUACACUGCUGUGGGAUAAAACACUUUGUAAAUUCUUUGACAUUCCGAUGAAUGUGUUACCAGAAAUUAGAAGUUCUGCCGAACUAUAUGGUACAUUGUGUGAUGGACCUCUAGCAGGACUUCCCAUAGCAGGGAUUCUAGGUGACCAGCAGGCUGCCUUGGUGGGCCAGACAUGUUUUACCAAAGGAAUGGCAAAAAAUACGUAUGGUACUGGUUGUUUUCUCUUGUACAACACAGGAGAAGAAGCUAUCCUGUCUAGGAAUGGUUUACUUACUACGGUUGCAUACAAACUUGGAAAAGAUAAAGCUACUGUUUAUGCCUUAGAGGGUUCUAUCGCAAUAGCUGGUGCAUGUGUUCGAUGGUUGAGAGAUAAUAUUGGGAUUAUCAAAGAUGCUCCAGAAAUUGAGACAUUAGCAGCUACAGUGGAAAGCACACAUGGUACUUAUUUUGUUCCUGCAUUUUCCGGUUUAUAUGCUCCAUAUUGGCAGAGUGAUGCUAGAGGACUGUGUUCAGGGUUUUGCCGAAAAAAUAUUUGUAACAACUGGGAUUCCGAGGCCUGCGUAGCAUUCCAGGGCUGCGUGCAAAUUGCUGAGACUGACAGCGUCGCUUGGGCCCCACGAGGGUCUCACCUCGGCAGAGGAGAGAUCACCCCCGAUGUAGGCGGCCGAACCCACACAUCUGUCGCAUUGAUUGCGCCGUUGUAUUCAGGCUCGGAGGCAGUGUGUAACCGAUUCCUGGACUCUCCAGGUUACAUAGUUACAAGAUCCCGCUGCAUUAUCCACCCCUUCUGGCAUCAGCCUCCAUUCGGGGCACUACCAGGGGAUCCCUGCAAAGCGGAAGUAAUUCGACCGGAGGUAGUCAGUUCGCUCACAAAGGGCUCUAUACACAGGAUAGAGGACCCAGCUUUAAGUCCAGGCUUUUACUUGCAAGUGCUGGUGGUUCAAAGACUACAGGUGGCUGCGCCCCGUUCUGGACUUAAGCAGAUUAAAUCAGUAUGUGCUUCCUGGAAACAGCAAGCACCGUAUUACUCCCCGUGCUCUGUUUCUACUGGUUAG